UUUAUUGAUUCUGUCUCCUCUUUCAAGUUUUCACCUUCAAAUAAAAGAAAAAGCCAAAAACCAAAAAUCUAGACUUUGUUGCAUAAAUUAAAGCAUUUCACUGAUAUAUUACUUUCUUUCUCAGCUAAAAGGGGUAUCAUUAUUUUGCUUUCAUAUAUGGGGAUAAGUUUGGUGAAGCUGGUGGUGUGGGUUUCAUGGUUGGCAAUGGCGGUGGGAGCUGAGUAUGUAAAGUACAAAGAUCCCAAGCAACCAGUAGCUGCUAGAAUUAAGGAUCUAAUGUCCAAAAUGACACUGGCUGAGAAGAUUGGUCAAAUGGCCCAGAUUGAUAGAAGUGUUGCUACUGAACAGAUACUCAGAGAUUACUCCGUUGGGAGUGUGUUAAGUGGUGGUGGAAGCGAACCGCUUCCAGAGGCUAAGGCUGAGGAUUGGAUCAAUAUGGUUAAUGCUUUUCAGAACGGAUCUCUGUCUAGUCGUUUAGGAAUUCCUAUGAUUUAUGGCAUUGAUGCUAUUCAUGGACAUAACAAUGUUUACAAUGCUACAAUAUUUCCACAUAACGUGGGGCUCGGUGCAACCGGAGAUCCUGAGCUGGUGAAGAAGAUUGGUGCUGCAACUGCUCUUGAAGUGAGAGCUACCGGGAUUCCUUAUGUUUUUGCUCCAUGCAUUGCGGUAUGUAGAGAUCCAAGGUGGGGUCGGUGUUAUGAAAGCUACAGUGAGGAUCAUAAAGUUGUGGAACAGAUGACUGAUAUCAUACUUGGGUUGCAAGGAGAUCCUCCUACGUCGCGCAAGGGGGUUCCAUACGUUGGUGGGAAGGGCAAGGUUGCAGCUUGUGCGAAGCACUUUGUAGGUGAUGGUGGGACAACUGGGGGCAUCAACGAAAACAACACCGUGAUUGACAUGCAUGGGUUGCUUAGCAUGUACAUGCCUGCCUAUUCUCAAUCUAUCAUCAAGGGUGUUUCGACAGUCAUGGUUUCCUACUCCAGCUGGAAUGGGCAAAAGAUGCAUGCAAACCGUGAGCUGAUUUCUGGUUUCCUUAAGAACACUCUUAAGUUUAAGGGUUUUGUAAUAUCAGAUUGGCAGGGAAUAGACAGGAUCACCUCACCACCACAUGCAAACUAUACAUACUCUGUUCAAGCUGCGAUUCAAGCUGGGAUCGACAUGGUCAUGGUCCCCUUCAACCUUACCGAGUUCAUAGACGAUCUAACCUAUCUAGUGGAUAGCAAAGUUAUUCUGAUGGAUCGUAUUGAUGAUGCGGUGCAAAGAAUUUUGCAAGUCAAAUUCACUAUGGGACUCUUUGAGACACCUAUGGCUGAUUUUAGUCUAGUUAAUGAGCUCGGAAGCCAGGCACAUAGAGACUUGGCAAGGGAAGCUGUGAGAAAAUCACUUGUAUUGCUGAAGAACGGGAAACCUGGAAGUACACCUCUACUGCCCCUUCCAAAGAAAGCUUCAAAGAUCCUAGUUGCUGGCACCCAUGCUGAUAAUUUGGGUUAUCAAUGUGGUGGAUGGACAAUUAAUUGGCAAGGAUUCACUGGCAAUAACUCUACAAGGGGGACAACAAUCCUCGGUGCCAUAAAAUCUACUGUUGAACGGAGCACUGAAAUUGUUUUCCGUGAGAGCCCUGAUGCCAACUUUGUGAAAUCUAACAAAUUUGAUUAUGCAAUUGUUGUUGUUGGUGAGCCCCCUUACGCUGAGACUGCGGGGGAUAGCACAAACCUUACGAUGAUAGACCCUGGCCCAAGUGCCAUUAACAAUGUCUGCGGAACUGUCAAGUGUGUGGUUGUUAUCAUUUCCGGCAGACCAAUCGUGAUUGAACCAUAUGUUUCUGCCAUUGAUGCUCUAGUGGCAGCAUGGUUACCUGGCACUGAAGGCCAAGGUGUGACUGAUGUCCUUUACGGGGACUACAGAUUCAGUGGAAAACUUCCGAGAACAUGGUUCAAAACUGUAGAUCAAUUACCGAUGAAUGUGGGAGAUUCACACUAUGAUCCACUCUUCCCCUUGGGAUUCGGACUUAAAACCGAGUCGGGCGCGAGCAUUGUUUCGAGGUCGACGUCAUCUGCAACUCCGAGAAGGCCAGGCUUGUUUAUCUUUAUGAUAACCGUAACUCUGAGUUUCUAUAUCACUGGGAAAUAGUUGCCGAAUUACUGAGAGUUUUAUGUUGAAGACGGCUGCACCCGAGGUGGUAGGAGUCAUUCGGACCCGAGGCUGGACCAGUUUAGGCAUUGCUCAACAUUCUAUCCAGUCGAAGUGAUGUUAAAUGAAGUUGGUAGUAGCAGUUUCAGCCCAUUCUCUAUUGUAGAAACCAUUGGUACUUCGAACAUCUUAUCAAUGUACUGAAUCACCUUUAUUUUUAUUGCGAUCUCAUUUAUUUAAAUUAUUUGCAA